CUUUGGAAUUUUCAUCUUUUUUUUCUUUCCAAUAUGUGGAGGAAACUAAAUCAGCAUCUCAUGAUACCUAUCCAUCGACUGAUACGUAUCACACAAUGUAUCCAACGAUCUAAAAAUCAAAACAUAUAAUCUCAUAAUAUAUAUCCUUAUAACACAAAGAACCUUCACUUUUCUCUUUCAUUCAACUCUUCAUUUCACUACUACUUUCACAUAUCUCUCUCUAUAUAUCACUUUACUUAAACCACCAUUCAACACAAACACACAUAACCAUGGCCUCUUCUUCUUGUUCACAUACCUUCCUCUUGCUUGCAUUGUCUAUGGUUUUAAUUCCUUUCUCUUUAGCUCAAGCUCCCAUGAUGGCUCCUUCUGGCUCAAUGUCCAUGCCGCCUAUGUCUAGCGGCGGCGGUGGAAGCAUGGUCUCUCCUCCGGCGAUGUCUCCGAUGCCAAUGAUGAUGACUCCACCACCUAUGCCUAUGACGCCACCACCCAUGCCUACGAUAACUCCACCACCUAUGCCUAUGACUCCACCACCCAUGCCUAUGAUGACUCCACCACCCAUGCCCAUGGCUCCACCACCUAUGCCUAUGGCUUCACCACCAAUGAUGCCAAUGACUCCAUCUACCAGCCCAAUGGCAGCAAGCCCAAGCCCAGUAACAGUUCCCGGUAUGGCUUCCCCGCCGAUGCCAUCCGGAAUGGAAUCCGCACCUUCUCCGGGACCCACGCCGCCGGCCAUGGCCUCGCCUGAUUCCGGAGCUUUCAAUGUUAGAAACAACGUCGUAACACUUUCGUACGUUGUUGGAGUUGUUGCAGCACACUUUCUCCUCGUUUGAGAUGGUUAUUGAAUUGGUCAGUCUCGUGUCCUUGUAAUUUUCAUUUUUUUCUCACGAAUUAUUAUUAGUGUUGGUCAUUUUAUCAUAUUUGAGUUUGUGUUUGAUAUGUACGAUUCAGACAUUUGUUUGCAUUAUUUGCUUAAUAAGUUUAUCGUCAAUUCUAGUUGAAGAGAGACUUUGUAUGUGAUGUAAAUUCUUAUCUUCUAUCUAUAUUGUCACGGAACGUUAUAUUCGUAA